AGAGCAUGCCACCUGUUUGACUGAAUGAAUAUUCAAUUGAAAAUUGACCCCUAGAAAAGGGAACGAAAGAAAUAUGAAAGAUAAUUAACCAUGGAGGAUAUGCAGUCGGCAACCGCACAACCACAAGACACUCCAGCAAAGUCUAGUUUAACGAAAGGAUGCCUCUAUUUCACCACGUCCUUGCAAGAAUGCUUUCGUUACAUUAAGGCAUUCUUUGUUGGUCAGGGGAAGAAAAUGACAGCAAGAAGUGAAGAGGAAGUGAUACAAGCUGAUAUGGUGAAAGCAAAAAUGGAAGUCGAGGCUACUGAUGCUGCUGAGAAAACCAAGAAGCGACUUGAUGAUAAAUCCAGCUGAUUUUUCUGAUAUGUUUCUUUUUCAUUUUCAAUAGUAUUUGAUUAGGUAAUCCACCCGUCCCAUCCCACUCUAUGUUAUUUGGAGAGUCAAAGAAAUUUUUUUAAUCCG